GAGGGCCCGACAGACGCAUUGAGCACAGCCACUUCCCCAACCGGCCUGGCUGUGCUGUCAGGGCCAUGCGGCGUUGGCAAAAGCACACUCGCAUCUCGCCUUGCCAAAUCCCUUGCCUGUCCAGUCAUUGAAGAAGACGCAGUUCACGACGCAAUUGAUAUUGCGAAGAUGAGCCAGGGUUUCCUCUGACCUCGCUCGACAGGCAGAUCUGGCUUGGCCCGGAUCAAGGUCAACGGACGCAAGGCGCCAGUGCCAGUACUGGGAACAUCGUUUUGACAUGCUCGGCUCUUGCUCGAUCUCAUCGUAACGCUUUAAGAGAUAUUCUUUCCAGUACAGGUGAUGAGACGGCCGUAGGCUUUGUCAAGACAGUCUUCGUCGCGCUGCAAGCCAGCGAAACGGAGUUGGUCAGAAGAGUUGCCGCGCGGGAGGGACAUGAUAUGAAUGCCGAUAUAGUAAGAUCUCAACUGCGGACGGUAGAAGGACCGGAGGUCGGCCAAGCGGAUGUCUUUCCUGUUGAUGCCGAGCAA